UUUGAGAGAUAUUGAAUGGAGAGAUAACUGUCGAUUUCUAGUAAUCUACAAAGGUGAAACACCAUCUGAUUGGAAAAUCCGAAUCUGGAAUCAGUUGACUAAUUAUAAAAAUAAUAAUCGUUUAACUGAUGAUAAAAAGCAAUAUCUUAUCGCCAGAAAAAUAAAAUAUUUAUGGAAAGGCGAUCUCAGCUAUGCUGUAGACGUAAGUAUAGCAAUAUGUCAUUCGUGCAAUGAACUAGUUUACUCUAAAAUAGGACGUGGGAUGAAACGUAUAACAGCAGAAUAUUAUCGUGCAGGUACACCAUAUUUAUCUCCAAAUGCACUUGAGGAAAUAAUUCAUUCUCGAGAGACAAUUAAAAAUGCUUCCAAAGAAAUGGCUAGAAAAUAUGACACUUCAACUCGUCGAAUUUAUGAGAUCUGGAAAUUGCAUGCCCAAGGAUUACCCCUGUGCAAGCAACAAAUAAUACAAAAUGUUGGUUCUUCUAAAGCAGUACCCAUAUCUAAAAAUAAUACCCUAGAUAGGCAGACAAAAAAGAGGAGAACCAAGUCCGUUUGCAUGCCUGAUUUGUCUUCUGAUAGUAAGAUCCAAUAG